AUGCCAACCUUAGAUGACAUUUUAGAGCAUAUUGGGGAGUUUGACUUGUACCAGAAAAGGGCCUUUUUUAUCCUUUGCUUACUCUCUGCUGCCUUUCCACCUAUCUAUGUAGGUAUCGUCUUCCUAGGUUUUAUUCCAGAGCACCAUUGCUGGAGUCCUGGAGUUGCAGAACUGAGCAGCAGGUGUGGCUGGAACCUUAAAGAGGAGCUGAAUUACACGCUUCCAAAAGGAGACUCCCAUGGGGAUACUUUCACUGAGCAAUGCAGGAGAUAUGAUGUGGACUGGAACGUAACUGAGUUGAGCUGCACCAAUCCACUAGAUACAUUCACCACUCACAGGAACAAAAGUAGUAUUCCUCUCACUCCUUGCCGAGAUGGCUGGCUUUAUGAUUUCCCAGGAUCAUCCAUCGUGAGUGAGUUUAAUCUGGUGUGUGAAGAUGCCUGGAAACUGGACCUGUGUCAAUCAUGUGUUAAUGUGGGGUUUUUUGUUGGAUCCAUAAGCAUUGGAUACAUGGCAGACAGGUUUGGUCGUAAACUGUGCAUGUUGAUUACCAUCCUUAUAAAUUCCAUCGCUGGUGUUCUCAUGGCCGUUGCGCCUACCUACACAUGGAUGGUGGUCUUCCGUUUGAUACAAGGACUGGUCAGCAAAGGAGGCUGGUUAACAGGUUACAUCCUGAUCACAGAGUUUGUUGGCUUGAACCACAGAAAAACAGUAAGCAUCGUUUACCAAAUGGCCUUCACCGCUGGACUUCUUAUAUUGGAUGCUAUUGCUUAUGCAAUACCUUACUGGAGAUGGCUACAACUUGCUGUUACGCUGCCCAACUUCUUCUUCUUGCUGUAUUAUUGGUGCCUUCCAGAGUCCCCAAGGUGGUUGAUAGCCCAGAAAGAAAGUGACAAAGCCUUGAAAAUUAUUAAGCGCAUUGCCAAGGGCAACCGGAAGAAUCUGCCUCCCUUGGUAGAGAAUCUCCAGGCUGAGGAAGAAGUAAGUGAAAAACUCGGCCCUUCAUUUCUGGAUCUGGUGAGAACACCACAGAUAAGGAAACACACACUCAUUUUAAUGUAUACUUGGUUCACAAGCUCGGUAGUAUAUCAGGGCCUCAUCAUGCACAUGGGAAUUGGUGGCGGCAACAUUUAUCUGGACUUUUUCUACUCUGCUCUUGUUGAAUUUCCAGCUGCCAUUAUACUCCUACUCACCGUUGACCGCAUAGGCCGUCGCUAUCCCUGGGCUACCGCAAAUUUUAUGGCUGGAAUCACCUGCCUUGUUACAGCCCUAGUCCCGAAAGAUCUUUAUUGGCUUAAAGCGACUGCAGCUUGCUUAGGCAGAAUGGCCAUUACAAUGUGCUUUGAAAUGGUUUGCUUAGUCAAUGCAGAAUUAUACCCAACAUUCCUCAGAAAUCUAGGAGUUCUUGUCUGCUCUUCCAUGUGUGAUAUUGGUGGAAUCAUAGCCCCAUUCAUUGUCUAUAGACUGGCAGAUGUGUGGCACGAGCUUCCCCUUGUUGUCUUUGCUGUGAUUGGCCUUAUUGAUGGGGGCCUGGUUCUGCUCCUACCUGAAACCAAAGGAAAAAUGUUACCUGAGACUGUUGAAGAUGUUGAAAACAUGCACAGGCAAAAAAGGCCCAAAGAAAAAACAAUUUAUCUCCAAGUUCAAACCUCAGAUGGGGCACCAAAUUGAGAGCAACUGCAUUCUCCAGAUUCAGACGUUUCCUUUGAUGAUACAUUGAAGGAAUAAUGCAACAUUGUAUGUACACAAGCAUAAACUGUUGGAGAUGGAGUUCCAGUGUAUCGACCUUUUGCACCAACUGUCCUAAUAACCACUAGGGGCAUUGGGAGUAGAGGUAGUUAGUGAGUGUCUCCUUACCUGUCCCUGCUUUACCUCUACUCUUUGACCCCUGCCUUGACUCCUCGGGUACUUCCUGUGGGGAGUCAGUCCACUUCCUUUCCUCUUGGAGAGUAGAUGGAGACAUCUCUCUCUCCCCACCUAUCCAUUAUGGAGCCUUUAGACAGGACUAGGUCUUUACUAUCCAGAAUGUACUCCACCAAUAAACCUAUUUCAUUUAGAUUGUGCUACAAUCUCCAUGCAUGUUCUUUAGAUGACUGCAGCAACAGAACUUUGCACUCUGUAACUGGAGUGGGUAGCUUCCUUUGUUGGAACUUUGAAAGACAAAAUCUAACAUAAACCUCUCUAGACUGUCAUCAUUAUUUAAAUUUUCUGUUCCCUCCAGUUCUUUUUAUCAUUAUUCAAGUAGCUUUUCAAAGAACUCUGCAGUGCUGUAUAGAACCUUCUAGACGAUACCUCCCAGUCCCUCAGUUAGCAGCCUGGCAGGCAUCCAUUUUCCUCACACAUAAUAGUGGUAGUUGAAUUUAAGCUAAAUCAAGGGCAGGAUCCAGCCAGAGUUAAGCAUAUUUGAGUCCUAAUGAUUUCCACAGAAAGGUUAAGCAUAGAUGUGCAGUUCUCUCUUAUUGAAAUCAAUGCAACUAGCUUAACCCACACAGAGCAUCUGUGCGUUAGUACUUGAUAGCUCCCCUCACCCCCUGCCACAGCCCCCCUCACC